AUUCCAGAAGGGGAAGGAUUCUCUCAUCACCGGGCACCGGCAUCCACAGAAGACCUUUCGCCACAAGUCAGAGGUAGUCAAAGCUCCUCAAGCCCCAACGACUCAUCCGCCCAGGUUGAACGAUGUUUGAGCCCCAGUCUCAUUUCCGUGGGUUCUUGUGUCUGUCGGAUCUGUCAUCGUCCAAGCGGAAUUACCGAGAAACUUGUGUCACCUUGUAGAUGCAAAGGAACACUGGCGUAUGUUCAUCUUUCAUGUUUGGAACGGUGGUUAAACCAGUCUUGUCGUAACCACUGUGAGUUGUGUCGCUACCGUUUCAAUGCCGUAGAGACUCCUCGUUAUCACUGGAAGGAGUCAUUAAGAAUCUGGAUGAGGCAUCCACGGAAUCUACAUCACUUAAAGUCUGACUUGGCGGUAGUUACACUACUUACAAUAGUGACUACGGGUUUGGUGGUAGUUUGUUUAUUGGGCAUGAGAUAUUUUAUUAUCGAGGGAAGAAAAAUCGGUAUAUCAAGACUGUGGACACGUGGCGCCAUUGUUUUUUUUAUUACCGUUGUCAUUCUUGGAUACUGUACUACCGUUUAUCUUCUUGUCAAGGACCAGCUUGCACCUUGGCACAGAUGGUGGAAGAACACAGUGAACAUAAGAUUGGUGAUAGAACCGCAGCAGCAACAACAGCAGCAGCAUCAGCAUCAACGAACAAGUCAAGAGUCGAGGGUUGUAGGUCAACUGGGCGAAGAAACUGCUGAUAGAACUAGCGCUCCCACCCCCGAUGAAUCUACGAUUGCGAUCGAUGGAAUUCAAGUCGUUGAUGUUAAAGCUAAGAAAGCACCGGCAUUCAAAGUCCCCGUGUCGAGCUUUUAA